AUGUUGACGUUCGAUGAAACCCUCCGCGAAAAAAAGAAGAAACACAAAAAACCGCAUUUGGAAGAAAUUAAAAUUAAGAUUCCGGUUUCGUAUAAAAAGAAGCGAAAAGAUAAGGAAAAUAAGAGAAAGAAGGCGAGGCUAACGGACGAUAGUGAAGAGGCGGGGUCUACGUUACAAGAAUAUUUGAGGCAAAAUCGUCCCGAUUUUGUUGAAGAAGCGGAAGAGAGGAGACAAACCGUGAAUGAGUCGAAGGCACUACGAGAAGAAAUGUCGGACUAUAAAAAAUUGAUGUUUUUGAAAAAGUGUCAAGAGGAAUGUGAGAGAAGAGCGAAGCGACUAUUUUCUGGCAAAGAAAUGAAAGAAAUCACUAAAAGAAAUUAUAAGAAGUGUCCAGAAGUUCAACAGAGGUUGAAUGAUAAUAGAGAAAGACAGUUGCGACAAGCGAACCGAUUAAUGGCCGAUACUUUCAAUAGGAAAUUGAGGGAAAACGUCCUUAAGGGAAAGCGAAACUUAUCCACCAAUACCAAAGUCAUUAAUAUGUAA